AUGAGUGGUGCAGCACUGGGCCUUGAGAUAGUAUUUGUCUUUUUUCUGGCCUUAUUCCUACUUCAUCGCUAUGGAGACUUCAAGAAACAGCACAGGCUGGUGAUAAUAGCUACAUUAUUGGCUUGGUAUCUCUGCUUUCUGAUUGUAUUUAUACUGCCUCUGGAUGUCAGUACGACCAUUUACAAUCGAUGCAGACUUGCUGUUAACUCCAGCCCUGCAGAAAGUAAUGGCUCUUAUGUUACUCUUGCUCCAAGCAGGCAAAAAUGUUUCAAACCAUGGAGUUAUAUUCCUAAUGGAAUUAUGCCAAUUUUCUGGCGUGUCGUAUAUUGGACAUCACAGUUUUUAACAUGGAUUCUGCUACCUUUCAUGCAAUCAUAUGCUAGAUCUGGAGGGUUCUCCAUUACUGGGAAGAUUAAAACUGCAUUGAUUGAGAAUGCAAUCUAUUAUGGCACUUACUUGCUGAUUUUUGGAGCAUUUUUAAUAUAUGUGGCUGUAAACCCAAACUUCAACUUACAAUGGAACCAACUUCAGACUAUUGGCAUAGCUGCUGCAAACACAUGGGGUCUCUUUCUUCUUGUGUUGCUUUUGGGUUAUGGUUUGGUGGAAAUUCCCCGUUCUCACUGGAAUGGAGCCAAGAGGGGUUAUCUACUAAUGAAGACCUAUUUCAAAGCUGCCAAACUGAUGACUGAAAAAGCAGAUGCAGAGGAAAAUUUAGAGGAUAUUAUGGAA